AUGGACUUAGAACAAAUAACUUCAGCAGAAUUCAAAGUUACAGACCAGAGACCUGAUCAUAAAACUAGACGUUACGAUAGACAGUUGAGAAUAUCAAGGUUGUGGGCAGCCGCUGGCCAAUCUGCGUUGGAAAACGCUCGAGUUUUAGUCAUAAACGGUUCAGCCACAUCAAGCGCAACUUUGAAGAACCUAGUCUUACCAGGCAUUGGUCAUUUCACCGUUAUGGACGAUCAAUUGGUCACAGACGCAGAUAUUGGCAACAACUUCUUCUUGGAGCCUGAGUCUGUUGGUAAGCCACGCGCUACAGAAACAGUUAGAUUGUUGUUAGAAAUGAACGACAGCGUACAGGGCGAAGGGCUGGUGAAGAAUCCAUAUCAUGUGUUGGAAACUCAACCAGACUUCUUCACAAACUUCUCGGCCGUUAUUUUACACAACACUGAGACUGAUCUCACUUUAAAGUUAUCCGAUUUGGCUUGGAGUAAUCAUCUUCCUUUGUUCUCAAUGAAAACUUCAGGUUUUUACGCAUCUUUGCGCGUACAACUACCCGAACAAACCAUAAUAGACACUCAUCCAGACGCCAUCGUAGACUUGCGUUUAAACAAGCCAUUUGAACAGCUCAAAAAAUUCGUGCAGUCGACCGAUUUAAAUAAGGUUUCAGACAACGAUCACGCUCACAUACCAUACAUUGUCGUGCUCAUUAAACAACUCGAUGAGUGGAAAAAGAGCCACGACGGUGCACUCCCAAAGAAUAUCACUGAGAAGAGAGAAUUCAAAAAAGUCAUGGAUAGCCAUCGUAGGAAAGGUGUAGAUGAGCAAAAUUUUGACGAGGCUCAGUCGCAAGCAUACAGAGCGUUCCAGAGUAAUGAUAUACCGCACCAAGUUGCUGAACUGUAUCAAGACGAUUCCCUCAAAAACCUUUCAAAAGACUCAUCUCCGUUCUGGUUUUUGGUAGCGUCAUUGAAGGUGUUCAGUGACAGGCAUGGUGUCUUGCCUCAUCCUGGUACUCUGCCAGACUUGCACACUGACACUCAGACUUACGUCCACCUUCAAACCAUCUACAAGAACAAAGCACGUGAAGAUGUCGAAGAGCUGAAAAGCAUUCUCAUCGGCAUUAUUGACAAAUUUAGCGUUUCUAUCAACAUUUUCAGUGACGAUUUGAUUGGAGCAUUCGCGAAGCACUCCGCCUUCUUGAAAGUUAUCAAAGGAAGCAGUAUCGGAGAUGAGUACACUUCGCCAAGACGCGACGUAAUUUCUAGUGGUAUAAGUGAUGAAUUCACGGAAUCUGCAUACGCUAUUUACGUAGCUUUUAUAAUCUCAGACGCAUUCAGUGAAAAGUACAAAAGGCAACCAGGAGACUGUAAAUUAGAGGAUUUCGAGAAUGACGUAAUGAGAGUGAAUAGUGAACUGGAGAAAGUUACGAAAGAUUUAUGUGGUAAAGAACCAUCUAAAGUCAUUUCUGAUUCGCUUCUGGAGUUGGUUAGAGGCGGUGGUAGUGAUUUACCAAAUACAGCAGCUUUCCUAGGUGGAUUAGCCAGUCAGGAGAUCAUCAAAGUGAUUACGAAUCAGUAUAUACCAAUCGACAACUACUGCAUAAUCGAUUUAAUCAAGAGCACAACUAGUGUGUUGAAGAUGUAA